CUGCAGCAGUCAAAAGUCAGAGUCUGCCUGCUGAUCAUACAAGUACCAGGGGGGCAUCUCACCCUACAGCCCCCUCCCUCCCCGUCAUGUACACCAUCACCAGAGGACCCAGCAAACUGACCACCCAGAGGAGAACAGGUCCCAAGCAGCAGAUUGACACUAAGCUGCAGGAGCUGAAAAUCAAGCAGCAGCUGCUGAUCAACACUUCUUCAUCAUCAUCCAACGGCUGGGACCCCCUUCCAAGCAGUUGUGCGCCCAAACUGGUGUUUAAUCGGGUGAACGGUAAACACACCCCAUCUGUCAGCCCCCCUGCAGAGGAGGAGGUGUACACACCGGCACACGAGGAGAACGUUCGUUUUGUUUACCAGGCUUGGCAGGAGGUGCAGCAUCAAUUGGAGAAACCAGAACUAAACGGAUGUGGACCCCAACAAUAUCAAGAUCAGACUACAGAUUCCUCUCCUAAGAAUUUCGUCCCUAUUGAUCUGGAAGAGUGGUGGGCAGAACGUUUCCUGGCAAACAUUGAGAACUGUGCCUGAAGGACAGAGAUUUCCCCAGAUUGAUCGCCCUUUAUUUAAAGAGAGAACAUGCACAAGUCUGCCUCCAUCGGUGACACCACAGCCAUUCAAAGACUGCGGGCCACUUUCCAUAGUGGAGCCCCACAAGCUGGACGAUGUGAAGACUCAAUGCUGACAAGAUGCUGGCUCUACAGUUUUUCCUUUUACAAGGAUAUAGAAGUCUCAACCUUGCUUGAAAAAAAGCACAGAGGGCCUUGUUUAGAACAAUGUCGAAAAGGAAAAUGUCAUUGUUGCCCAUAGCAAUUAGACUCCUUUUCCAAGUGCAGGUCUGAAAAUGAAAAGAGUCUAAUUUUUCUAUGGGCAACAUCCAUGAAGCUACAGGUACUGGGUACCUUCCUAGGGGGGGGCUAUAGGCCUUAGAAAGCAGGUUGGGAGUCAUUUUGCACAGACAAGGCAUUUAGUGUUGGCUUCACUAAUACAGCAAGUAAAGGUGUAGAUGAACCUUGCAGAG